CUUCACGCUGAUUUUCGCGGCGUUGGAAUUGUCAGUGAAACGAAAACAAGAAGCUAACCUGAGGUUUUUCUUUGCUCUGAAACAUCAAACAUGGAGCAUUUUGUAUCUACGGUGAAAACUCUCACAGAUAACCUGCUGCAGACACAGAUGCCUGAUUUUGAUGAGGCCAUUGAGAAACUCUUCUCUAACGUGUCUGGAUUAGAUGUUUUGUCGAAAAUGCCGCAUUCACAGCUUGAAGAGUGUGCCAUCCAGUUGUGGAACUGGUCGGUGACCAAGAACGCCGGUGGUGUUCUGAGUAAAGUUCAAAAAGCCAAAGUUCGUCAUGCCGCAUGCAGUCUGCUUUACUGCUGUGAACCUGAGAAUCCAACAGAGGGCGCCAUCCGCAAGCAGAUCCUGAUGGCCAGCAAGACGGGCAGAACCUGGCUGGACUGCAAAAAUCCCCAGAUGGCAGAUCAUUUCUUGAGGCUUGCUGUCAAGAGCCUGGAAACCCUCUACAGCCAGCUGAUGUCCAGAGGCGACGCAGCAGCCGACGUUACUUCCUCCAAGGCGGAUGUGGAGAAGGAUCUGCUUCGAAUUCUGUCCUGCCAGGCAGAGUCGGCCGUAUCCCAAGGGAAUAGCGGAGAAGCCACGGUCUACAUGCAGCGAUGUAAAGACAUGCUGCAGCGGAUACCGAAAGAUACGGCGUACCUCUCCCUCAUGUGCUACAACUUUGGUGUAGACACUUAUAAUCUGAGGAAGUUUGAGGACAGUACCUUCUGGUUGAGCCAAAGCUACGACAUCGGUAAAAUGAGUGCGAAGUAUGGCCCUGGACCAGACGUUCUGGCCAAAGAUUUGCGUCUGCUUGCUACAGUUUAUCUAGAGUGGGACUGUCAGAGGUUUCAGGAGAAGGCGCUCGAUGCCGUCAUCUUAGCCAACAAGGAGUGUGUGAGCACAUCUGGGCUGUAUUUAAAGAUAAGAAUCCUCCUGAGAUCCGAGGCCCCAGACAAUCACAUCAGAGCAGGACUUGAUGAGAUGCUGGAAUCACAAGUUCCUCUUGAAGUCUGUCUGAGUGCAGUGAAACUUCUCAUGUCUGAAGACAGAGAAAUGCUGGCGUUUGACUAUCUGAAGUGCGUGUGUCAGCAUUUUGGCUCGUCCCCUGACCUGGGCGCUGCUCUUGUGCUGCACGUUGAGCUGCUGCUGCAGAGAAACAAAGAGCUGCUGGCCAAACAGAAGAUAGAAGACAUCAUCACUGGCCACUACAGUGGUAAACAGCUCACUCCAGUUGCGCUGACCAGUUUGCAUGUCAUACUGUGGGAUCAGGCCUCAAAACAUUUUGAGGCUGGUAACUAUGCGGAGGCUCUACAGUGGUAUAACUACUCCUUCAGCUUCUUCAAGGCAGGUCAGAUGGAGCCAAAUCUGGCCAAGCUGCAGAGGAACAGAGCGUCCUGCCUGCUGCACCUGCAGCAGUUAGAAAAGGCUAAAGAAGCAAUUAAAGAAGCAGAGAGGUCUGAUCCUGAGAGUAUCUUCACUCAGUUCUGCAUUUACAAGAUUGCUGUUCAGGACGACAACGUACAGAAAGCUGCAGAGGCGUUGAAUGCGAUGGGAGUUCUGUCCAAGUCGCCUGUAUCCAGGGAAGACAAGCUGCUGCUAUCAGAGAGCGCAGCUUCCUGUCUCCUCUGUCUGGCAGCUCAGAUUGCUCUGGAGAAUGGAAGACAGGAAACUGCAGUGAAAGCUCUGGAGGUUUUAUGUGAGAACUCAAAAGAUGAAGCUCACGUUCUGAUGGGUCUGAGGUGUUUGGUCCGACUCGUGUUCUCCUCCGCAGAAAACUCAGCUGAUCAGUUGAGGGAUGUGAAUCUGGACAAACUCCUGCUGUCUCUGAAAAGGGCUCUGCAGACAAUUUCACUCCAGCCUCAUAUGACUGCAGAGCGGCGCGCUGAGGAUGCCAACUGGUUCAGAAAGAUUGCCUGGAACUCGGCUCUGCAGUGCGAGAGCAGACCUGACCGAAUGAGGGAUUUCUUUGUGCUGUCCUACCAGCUCUCCCUGCUGUGCCCUCCUGACCGCGCUCUGCUCAUGGGCCAGAGGACGUCUCUGCUGAUGGCAGCUGCUGCCUCUUUGGAGCUCUGCAGGACGUCUCCUCACUCCACCCAGGCGGAGGAUCUCUCUCUGGCUCUGGAGCACAUUCAGGCCUGUUGGGAGGUCUGCAAAACCCUGAAAGCAUCAGGCAACCUUCCAGCGGACCCGACGGACUCCCUGCUGCUGCUGUACGAGUUCGAGGCUCGUGCAAAGCUGAGCGAUCCGAAGGUGGAGACGAUCCUGGAGUCUGUCCUGGAGCUGGAACACGUUGAAACCAAAGUGUUGGAAACCAUGGCAGGCUUAGCCAUGGAGCCUCCAGCCCACUUCCCUCAGCUCUGCAAGAAGGCCCUGAGAGCCGCUCUCUCCCUGCACAGGAAGCAACCCCAGGCCGACCCGGCGCACUGCAGUAAGUACGUCCACAGCCUGAUCAAGCUGUCCCUGCCGAGCGGCGUGUCCGAGGUGGAGAGCCGCGUGCUGCAGGAGCUGUGGGAUUACUUCGAGGACGCUCUGUCCAUCAUCUCAGCCGCGCCGGACGGCUUUCCAGAGAUGGAGACGCUGUGGCUGCUGACUCAGGCCUGGAACGCCGGGAUUCUGCUGUACAGCCUGGCCCAGUACCACGAAGCCGAGAAGUGGUGCGGCCUCGCCAUGAGCUUCAUCCGACACCUGGGGUCUCUGCGGGAGAGCUACGAGAUGCAGAUGACUGGGCUCUACAGUGAAAUCCUGGACAGACUGGACAAAGCGAAGAAAAACAUCCACACAGAGGAGUAAAACGUUCAGCUCUUCUCACCUCGAUGUUCUGUGUUGUAAAGGUGAACCUAGCAGGUUC